CUUGCAACGCGCCUUGCCUGCUUUGGCACAUGCGCGUCUCGAUCGCAUUCGAUGCUGCAAAUUGCCGAGAUGCUGCAUAGGCUAUGUGAAGAUCAAUCAGCCGCUGUGAGUAGAUGGCGCCUCUGAGAGUCUUUGGUGGCUGGACCGUCUCCCCCGCAGUGACGCUCUCCGCGCACCCGCUACUACGAACAUGGCCACAAGUACAAAGGCAGCUGGUUGCGCCAUGACUGCGCUCGCAAGUGCUGCGACAGCAUACAGCCCGUUACCAGCACCAGCAGACAACAAUACAUCCUUAACCUCACAGCCUCCAAGAUGACCUGGCAGCAAGAAUUCUGGUCGUGGAUAUCCCCAUCCUACGUCAAGACCGCGCAGCCUCCAGUAGUGGGCGAAAAGGCACCUACAGCACCGAAGCUCAGUGUGCCCAAGGAUGGAAAGCCUACCAUUAUCGCCUUCCUAAGACACUGCGGUUGUCCCUUUGCUGAGAAGACCUUCCUCAACCUGCGCGAUGCAGCUGCAGCGAACCCCAACGUCCAGUUUAUCGCCGUCUCGCACAGCAAUCAAGACUCGACAAACCGCUGGCUCGCGGCUCUGCCUGAUGCACCGAAGAACAUCCAGCCCAACCUUCAGAUCGUCGUCGAUGCUGAGCGAGAAGCUUACGCUGCAUAUGGCCUCGGCAUUUCCAGUUUCUACCACGUCCUUUCGCCUGCCGGGCUGAGCAAUCUGAACAAGCUGGGCAAGGAGGAGGACAUCUGGAACAGGCCUACUGAGAGUGGGAACAGGUGGCAGACCGGAGGCAACUAUGGUGUAGAUAAGAAUGGCUUCGUUCAGUGGAACGGAAAGCACGAGCGGGCUGAUGAUAUGUCUGAUUUCAAGGAGGGUGUUUCUCUUGUGACGGCACACUAGGAAGAUUUGGUGGAAGAAGCUGAUUUACGGCUGCACGCUGCAACAGAGAGCGGAAUCUGGCACGCGUAUAGUAGCAUGUGAUGGUUUAGGACUGCUGCGCACUGUAUUUACUACAGUCCAUAACAAUCUUCAUGUAGCAAUGUUUAUGUUGUCUCUUCAAUCACAGCC